UAUAGUGCAAGUGGCAACCCUUUUACAAGCACGCCAUUUUGUAAUUCUGAGCAUGUUGAUCUGCUCACGAAGAUGAUUUUCCUAACGCAAAUAAAUAUUUUUAAUAGUGUUAAUAGUGUUUGUUAAUAUUUAAGCUUUAGUAAUUAAAUUAACAAAAUGGAUAUGCUCGAAGUAAAAUCGUUCAACGCGGAGUUAUCCGGGUUGUACGAAAACAGGCCUCCUAUUUCGAAGGCGAAGAUGAGUGCUAUCACGAGAGGUGCUAUAAAGGCCAUAAAAUUCUAUAAACAUGUCGUACAUAGUGUGGAAAAAUUCAUACAAAAGUGCAAGCCAGAAUACAAAGUGCCUGGUUUAUACGUGAUAGAUUCUAUAGUAAGGCAGUCCAGACACCAAUUCGGACAGGACAAGGAUGUGUUCGCGCCAAGGUUUGCUAAAAACAUGCAACAAACUUUUGCCAAUCUCUUCAGAUGUCCUGAUGAUGAUAAGCGUAAUAUAAUAAGAGUUUUAAAUCUUUGGCAAAAGAAUAAUGUAUUCAGCCCAGAGGUUAUCCAACCAUUGCUUGAUAUGGCUGACCCCAACCAUCCACUCCACAUGGAAAUUAUGCAGCAGCAAAACAACACUGCCAACGGAAGUAGUUUAAAUGUAACUCACAAUACAUCAGACAGCAAAAUGUCACCCAUGCCUCGUCAAGACUCACCACACACAUCUUCGCCCAUGGGUGAUGCGUUCCAGGAUGACUCAUCCAAUCCUCCCCCAGCAAAGUUCAACCGUAAAUUGCUCAAUGAUUUUGAAUAUGAGAGUGAAGAUGAACAAACAUCAGAGCCUCCUCCGCAGCACAACCCUCAUCCAGCUCAUUCAACGCACAGCACACACUCCACACACACAACUCACACAUCUCACAAUACUCAUAAUAACCCCACAGAUGCCCUUGGCAGUAUAUUAACAAAUCCAGAAAUAAUGAGGCAACUGCAAAGUUUACAAGCUCAAAUGCAACUAAUGACUGGAAUGCAAAUACCUAAUUUAAUGCCAAUGAUGUCAGAUAUGCAAAUGCAACAAAAUCAGAACCAAAAUCUUCCGUUUUUAAAUUCACAACCUGAACAACAGAAACAAAAUGAAUCAAAAGAUGAUAUGGCGAAUGAAUCAGAUAUAGAGUUUGUUGAAACAGGUCCACAAGUUAUUGAAAUACCAGAUGCUAAUGACUCUAGGAGUCCGUCGCCCAAGCGCCGGCACCGCUCGCGCUCCAAGUCCCCGCGCCGCCGCCGCCGCAGCCGCAGCCGCUCCCCGCGACGACGGCGCGACCGCGACCGGGACAGGGAUAGAGAUAGAGACCGGGAAAAGAGUUACAAGGAACGAGAGGCUGAAAAAGAAAAGCAAAGGGAGAGGGAGAAAAAAGGAUUGCCGCCUAUUAAAAAGGAGAAUCUUAGUGUGUGCAGUACGACACUAUGGGUCGGACACCUGUCCAAGCUGGCUACUCAGGAGGAGCUGUCGGACUUGUUCGGGGCCUUCGGGGGUGUCGUCUCCAUCGACGUGGUCGCGCCACGCGGAUGCGCCUUCGUCGUCAUGGAGCGACGGCGAGAUGCAGCCAAGGCCCUCGCUAAGCUCAAUAAGCACAAGCUGCACUCCAAGGAGAUCACGGUGGCGUGGGCGGCCGGCAAGGGCGUCAAGGGCCGCGAGUGGAAGGACCACUGGGAGGCGGAGCUGGGCGUGGCCUACCUGCCGUGGGCGGCGCUGCACGCGCGCUGGCUGCUGGGCGCCUUGUCGCUCGACGCGCUCGAGGACGGCGGUGCCGUCGACGAGGACACGUUGCCGCCUUGGCUGCCGCCGCGGAUGAUUCCGAAGGCGCUACCAGAUGGCAUGACAAUGAUGCCAGGCGGGCCGGGUGCGAUGCUGGCCGGCCUGCCGCCAGGUCUGCCGCCGGCCGGUAUGCCUAUGUCUGCGCCGGCUCUGCCCCCAUCACUGCCGCCUGCGCUGCCGGCCGGGCUACCGAUGCCGGUUCCACGAAUGCCGCCGCCAGGUAUGACCGGUGGACUACCUCCGGGACUGGCGGCAGGAGUGCCGUCUAUCAGGCCGCCGGUACCAGGUCUGCAGCGAGAGGGUGGAUUGCCGCCGGCGGGUGCGCUACUGGGCUUCCCACCGCAAACAGGCAUGGUGGGAGGGUUUCUGAGCGGUCUGAUGGGUGUGGGCAUGAACGUGGGUGGGCUCGUGUUGCCGCUGCACGCACACACGCACGCGCCGCCGGCCCCGCUGUCGCACACACUCGCGGCGCCAGAUGAUGCCAUGGACCUCGACCCCGACGAGCACGACGAGCCGCUGGCCCUGGAUCAGCUGCAAGCAUUACUAUCCAAACCACCACCGACGUUCAACUCAUCCGAACCACCGCCUGGAUUCAAUCCUCAAGAUCAACCAACGUUUGACACGACUCAACCUCCUCCAGACGAAAAACGGGAAGACGAUAGACGGGAUCGGGACGGGAAGGACAGACGUGACCGUGACAGGGAUAGAGACCGAGACAGGAGGGACAGAGAGAGAAGAGACACACGUGAACGGGAUAGGAGGGAUCGUGAUCGAGGACGAGAUAGAGACAGGGAAAAGGACGAUCGCAGAGACCGAGACAGAGAUCGCGGUCGGGAUCGCCGCGACCGGGACCGCGACCGCGAGCGGGACCGGUUCGGCUCCCGGGACGGCAACCGGGAAAUAAGUAGAGAUAAAUCACCACGCAGUCAAACGAAUGACCAGAAUCCAGAGAAGAGUCUACAGGAGCGGCUGUGGGAGAUGGCUAACGGAAAACCCGGGGACGUGUCCGACGAGCCGCCGCCGGAGCCCGACGUGCGGGAGCGGCCCGCACUGCUGGAGCGCCCACCACGCCUCGACGGCGUUCCUUUGGAUGCCAGUGUUGGGGUCGGAGUGUCGCAAGCGCCGCGACCGCCUUUCGCUCCCGAGUUAAGAAUGAGAGGGCCACCAGCUAGGCAACCAAUGAGAGGACCGUGGAUGGAAGUUCAAGGUCCAGGACCCGGGCCGUUUGGACCUAGAUUUAAUGGAAUGGGUCCACCAUUCAACCGACCGCCAUUUGAAAGACCACCCUUCGAGGGAGGUCCGCCUAUCUUCGAGAGACCACCAUUUAACCGUAUGCCGUUUGAUGGCAAUCGACCACCGUUCGACGGCCCCCGUCCACCAUUUGAUGGACCUCGACCGCCUUUCGAUGGUUCGAGACCGUUUGAUGGACCCAGACCGCCGUUUGAUGGACCGAGACCUCCAUUUGAUGGACCGCGACCGCCGUUCGAAGGAUCGCGGCCACCAUUUGAUGGACCGAGACCUCCCUUUGACGGACCCAGACCACCUUUCGACGGGCCGAGGCCACCUUUUGAUGGACCUCGACCACCAUUUGAUGGACCUCGUGCACCGUUUGAUGGUCCGAGACAAUACGACGGUUUCGAUGGAGAUAGAUCCUUUGAAGCUGCACGAUUUGAAGGUCCUCCGGAAUAUUACGAAAGAGGCAAUAGAAGAUUUGACGAAAGAGACCAAUAUAACGAAAGAGGUUGGACGGGAGACAGAGAAAGAGACUGGGACAGAAGAAAUGAAUGGGAUGAUAGAAGACGGGACCGUAGAAGCCGGGAACACGAAGAUAGAUUUAGAGACCGCAACGAAAGAAGAAGAAACUUUGAAGAAAGACCGAGACAAUCACGAGAACCUGAAAAGAAUCCUAGGCGAGACAAAGAUAGAAAAUCCCGAUGGGGCGCGGCUGAUGAAGGCCCUACUCCGAGUGACGAGCAAGGAGAAAAUGCGCCAGAGGAGAAAAUUAACGAGCCAUCUAGUGAUAUUAACCAACCACAGAACAAUGAAGUUAAUGAUAGAAUUAAUCCUAGUCAAGAUGAACAAAGUGUACAAGAUAAUAGUGCUAGUGAAAGUAAUAACGAAGUACCGGAACCGAAUGUUGAAAGUAACGAUAAAUACGAUCCAGCGGAAAUUGAAACAGAAUCAUCGGAUCGGACAUCGGAUCAGAAUGAACAAGAAACCAGUCAAAAGGAGAUGGAAGAAAACAGUUUAGACGUACCAAAUGAACCGGAAGCGGAAGCAAAUCAGGCUCCAACAGAUUUAUAUGACGCGAACGAAGCAAUCGACACAAGUUUCGCGAUAACAACGCCUAAAAUUAACUCACCGCCGCCAAAUUGUGAAGAAAAAUCGAAUCACGAACAGUCGGAUGCGACGAAAUCUGAAGAUAUUUUUGAUCAAGAAUCUAAAACGAGUCCAUCGCCUGAUGUGACAGAAGAUACCGAGGAGAAGGAACACGCGAAGGACGACUCUGCUUGACCCCGGCGAUGGCAGCGCCAAUAUUUCCAGUGGAAAUGAUUCGGGAGACGCGACGAGCCGACGCGUCGCGCCGACGUAUAACGCCAAAGAUUUAUUUUAUACAAAGUUGAAAUAUACGAGUGCCUUACUUGUUACGAGGUGUUUUGUUUGUUGGCGGGCGGCGGAAGAGGAACCCGCCUCGGCGCUCAAGUGGAGCGACCCGGGCCAGGUACGUACGCGCGUCUAGAACAAGUGCACUGACAGCCUCUCUUUGACAAUGCAUCCUACUGCCUCAGGCUCUGAAACAUCGUUUUUCCUGGGCUUUAUUUUAUCGAAAUUACAUUUAAAAUAUUUUCUAACAAUUAAACACACUAAGUGAAUAUUAAAACGAUAUUCUCAUAGUGAUGCAUUAUCGAAUAUGAGUUUAACUCCUUUUCUGAGAUGUUUCAAAAAAUUAAAUCAGAAAAAGAGUAAAGAAAAUGUUGUAAUACAAAAAUUAAACUAUGUUACAAUUUAAAAAAAAUAUAGCAACAUUUUCUGACAAAAUUGAAUGAAUCUUGGCACUGUUGUACUCGGCGGGCGUCUAAUUUUUAUAUUUACUGAGUUAUGUCGGAAUGAGAUUUUAUAAUAAUUAACAUUUAAAAGUGUUUAAUUAACUAACAUAUAAAUAUAUUUCACUAUACUUGUCUCGAUUUUUCAUUCCGACAUGAUAAUAAUAUCGCUAGCAAUGUGUGCAAAGGCCUCGACGAUGACGUUCGCGUCGCCCGAAUCAACUGGAAAUAUCUGGAAUUCGUCGUAUGAACAAAAAUAAAGAAGAAUUGAAGAUUAUAACGAGCGAUUUACAGAACAACCUAUUAAAUAAUUUCAUUCUUCGCUGCAUAUUA